GAAAGGAACGAGCGGAUAUGCAAUACUUUGCGUAACGUCAGUGAGGCAACAUGGCGAACACCGGCUCAGCACCGAUGGAUGAAACGAUGCGAUAUGCCGAAUAUUCCCAUAAAACAAAUGUUAGGAGUGACGCAGAGAUAGACAGACGGUUGGGAGGGACUCUGAUCGCAGUCGGCCUUGGUGUUGCUGCUGCGGGUUUUGCAGGCCGUUAUGCUUUCCAGCUGUGGAAGCCCCUGGGACAGGCUUUCUCUGAAACGGUCAAGAAGAUGCCCUCAGCAGGAUUCUCGUCUUAUUACAAAGGAGGUUUUGAGCAGAAGAUGUCGAGGCGAGAGGCAGGCCUCAUUCUGGGCGUCAGCCCAGCUGCCACAAAGACCAAAGUUCGUGAGGCACAUCGGAGGAUCAUGGUCCUAAAUCAUCCAGAUAAAGGCGGCUCUCCAUAUCUCGCUGCAAAGAUCAACGAGGCUAAAGACCUGAUGGAGAAGGAGACUCGGCGAUGACUCUGCGGAUCAGCCUUUCAGCUCAUUGUUUCUGCUGCAUCGACAUUCACGUCAGCGCCACAGCGGGACAUCCUCCGAUUUUUAUAGAAAACUAACUAGAGGCUAUGAGUAAAGCAGAAGUUAAGACACUUCUUUUUGAUUUAUUGAAAUGAAGUGUUAAAAGGAAAUAAACGGGUUGGAGAAGAUGUAAUGUCGCCUUCUAGUGCUGACUAAACUGUUGCUGCGCUACUCUAUAUUUUUUGUUUAUAGCAUUUUAAUUUGAAUGUACUUAUAUUGACAUGUAAAGUGUUUAGUAAAGAUAUACUUAAUAAACAUUGGAGUGAGAAA